AUGAUUGAUGCUCGUAGAGAUCUGUGGAAAGAUUUCAAGUUCGUGAUUGAGUACAAUUCUACCUUACAUCGUAUUGUGUCACAGCUGAAACUCUGUAAGCAAGAAGUUACAGAGAUUGAUUUGAUAGAGAAGACUCUAUCUACUUUUCAUGCCAGUAACCUUGUACUCCAGCAGCAGUACAGGGCCAAGAAUUAUACUAGGCAUUCUGAACUCAUUUCUGCUUUACUUGUAGCAGAGAAGCAUAAUCAGCUUUUGAUGAGAAACCACAAUGCAAGACCAGUUGGUUCACAAGCAGUGCCUGAAGCACAUGCUACCACUUAUAGAGGUGGUCGAGGGAGAGGCCGAGGAAAAGCAAAUUGGUGUGGGUGCGAUGGUCAUUGGAGUCGUACAUGUCGCACCGCCAAGCACCUCGUUGAAGCAUAUCAAAUGUUGCAAAAGAACAAGAAAGGCAAGAAAAUUCGAAGUGAAAUACAUCAUGCCAGUUUGCCUGAAGCAAAUUUGGAGUUUAAUGCCGAUGAUGAUGAUUUAAUGCAACUUGAUCUUGAAGAUUAUGGAGAUCAAAAGUAA